GAGAGCAUUCCAGCGCCAGACAAUGAGGGGUGGGACAGAGCUGUAUAUUUAAAAUCUGUAAUCUAACGCUUAAAUCAGGAACACGGCGAGGCUCGGGGCUGGACCUUUUUUUUAUCGAGAUGAAGUCUGAGGAAGGAGUCGCUGGAAGAAUGUUUAUUUCGGAGCGGAAACGGUGCGGUGACGCUGCGGAGCCCUGAGCCUUGACCACCCGCUUUAUCACCUCCAGAUUCGGCCGGAGAUUAGCGAGGCUGCCCGCUGCCUGGCUGCCUGGCUUUGGGCUUGUUUGCGUACGUUUUCCUGAUGUUUUCCUGGCUGUCUGUUUAAAGCUCUAAAUAACAGCUAGAGAACUCAGAGAGGGAGAAGAAGAGAAGAGAACUCUGUAGAAGAGUGAGGAGAACUUACUGAAGAGUAUAUAUCUAGCUAGGAACCUCGCUGUGAACCGUUGAUUGAAGCUGCUAAACUAAAGGAUGUGCUGACGGUUUACUAACUAACUAGCUGGUUCAUCCGGGUAUUAGUUACAUACCUAGUUACCGUUACUAGGUUAGCUUAGCUAGCUUAACGGGUUAGCUAGUUAGCUAACUAACUAACUAGCUCUAGGUUAUUUAAUACAGGCUGUACUCUGCUUUAGACUCAGCUUACAGACUUUUCAGAAACUUCUUUACCCUCUCAGAAGAUCUUUAGAGACAGCAUGUGUCCUGAAGACACGAAUUCAUGACCGAGGAACUUUUUAUCUUUUAUGAGGAACAAACAUCUCCUUUCUCCUGGCUGCUGCUGCUGCUGUUUACUGACUGAUAAUAAAGGUGUUAUUAGCUAGAGGUGGAGGAGGAGUGAGUGGAGGACAGAGCUGGAGGAAAAAGUAGAGAUGGAAGGUGCUGCGAUCUUCUCAGUUCUGCUUGCUUUGUUGUGUUCAAGAAUCAUGACCGUUCUGACAGCACAAAGCAUGGACGAUAAGUUGUGGUGUGUGUGUGAGAAUGCAAAUACCUGUGAAGAUGGCGUCUGUACCGGGGAUAUGUGCUUCCUCACGCUGGUCUAUGGGCAGUUGGUAAGAGGCUGCUUUGAUAAGGAGCAUCGUGAGCAGUGCUACGUGCCUCGUAUGCCAGGUCUGCAUGCCGAGUGCUGCGUCACCAAUUACUGCAAUAACUCAACGGCACCUGUGGAGAGAGAAGAACCUAAAGAGCCAGACAGUGUGAUCGUGCUGGUGGCCGUGCCUCUGUUGGUGCUGCUGGUGUUGUCUAUAUCAGUGUGUGGGCUGGUGCUGUGGAUGCGAUCUCGACGAUCACACCAACCCCUUCCGGAGCACGAGGCCUCCAUGAUCAAAGUGCCCAGUGGAGGGGAUCCCACCUAUGGGGAUAUCUUUGAUGAGUUUUGUACAUCAGGCAGUGGGACUGGGCUGCCUUACCUUGUGCAAAGGACUAUGGCUCGACAGAUCUCCUUAGUUGAGUGUGUUGGUAAGGGCCGAUAUGGAGAAGUGUGGAGGGGCACUUGGAUGGGGGAGAGCGUGGCUGUAAAAAUCUUCUCAUCUCGAGAUGAACAGUCCUGGUUUAGAGAGACAGAGAUCUACAACACUGUCCAGCUACGCCAUGAAAACAUUUUAGGUUUCAUUGCCUCAGACAUGACAUCCAAGAACUCCAGCACACAGCUCUGGCUGGUCACACAUUUCCACGAGCUGGGCUCCCUCUACGACUUCCUGCAGUACAGCACCUUGGACCCUGAGGGCUGUCUGCGCAUGUGCCUGUCAGUGGCCAGUGGACUGGUGCACCUGCACACUGAGAUCCUAAGCACACAGGGCAAGCCUGCCAUCGCCCACCGUGACCUCAAGAGCCGCAACAUUCUGGUGAAGAGGAAUGGCCAGUGCUGCAUCGCUGACCUGGGCCUGGCGGUCAUUCACUCUCAGUCCAAUGACUAUUUGGAUGUAGGGACCAACCCAAGAGUGGGCACUAAGCGCUACAUGGCACCAGAGGUUUUGGAUGAAAGCAUACGAGUGGACGUGUUUGAAUCAUACAAGCAGACUGACAUCUGGGCUCUGGGUCUGGUUCUGUGGGAGAUCACUCGCCGCACCAUCGUAAACGGAAUCGUGGAGGAGUAUCGCCUGCCCUUCUUUGACGUGGUUCCCUCUGACCCCAGCUUUGAGGAGAUGAAGAAAGUGGUGUGUGUGGACCAGUACAGGCCUUGCCUUCACAACCGACUGCACUCUCAUCCCAUCCUGUCUACCAUCGCUAAAAUUAUGAAGGAGUGCUGGUUCCAGAGCCCGUCAGCCCGCCUCACUGCCCUGCGUGUGCGCAAGACCCUGGCAAAGCUGGACCAGGACCAGGACGGCAGCACAGACAAACUCAAACUCGACGUCUGAAGCUCGGUUUCCAACACACAGCACCUUAAAAUGGAGCCAAACACCAUGAUUUAAACUUUCGGGGUUCCAGAACUCAUUGCUUUAUGUGCCUUUUGAAGAAUAGCCUCUAUCCUAUGUUCGUCUCUUUGUUCACGCUUCAGUCGAGGAGGACACGUGUUCGUCGGACUGACCCACAGCUGUGGUUCUCCCCUGGACCUCUGUGUUACCGCUGCUGAAGGAUUUACGACGUUUCUCAGCAGGGUGACUCAAUUAUUAAGUGAAAGCCAGCCAUGAGCCAACUGAAAGCACUCUAGGGUCCAGCGAAUUCUCCGUGUUUUUCUCUAUGUCAGUGUUUGUCAGGAUAUGAGCCAUACUGGACUUCCCAAUAGAGGAGUUUCCUGAAAUUCCUUCAUAGCUCCACGACAUGAUGUUUCCUCCUACGCUAAAUGUCUUAGUAUAGGUCACCCUGUACAUAUUCUCACAGUCCUUUUUCAACUCAUGUCUUACAUGUGCAUUUUAUCAGUUUGUAUUUGUGCUGAAAGCCUUUGGAAAUACCAAGUUUUAAACAUAUAUCCAUCAGUAAGCACUGCCUUCAUAACACUCACAUUCCAUAUUCAUUCAGACUGCGAACCUAGGAUAGUAUGUUAUUGCUAAAUACUAUGUUCCAAAAUAUUUUUAUAUAGUUUUAUAUAGGAUAUCUUUUAUGUUUUUAUAUGUUUUCAUAAAUAUUUUAAACCAUUGUUUUUUGCACAGAACAAAAAUAUUACACUCACUGCAAAUAAUGGUAUUUAAAUGAUAAAUAAAAUUGCAAUAUGUGCA